AUGGCGCUUCUUUCUCUUUUAGUCUCAAAACCCUCACGCAAAGCCUCCAUUCUCUCCCUCGCUUCUCACUUAAUUCCCAUCAUACUUUCUUCUCCUUUCUCUUCUCGCUGCACCACCUCCACUUUCCCAUUGCCUUCUCAAUCCCCUCCUGUGCCAAAGAAACGACCUUUCGAUAUCCCUGUUCAUGGCAAAACGUGGCAAGAUCCUUAUCAUUGGAUGAGAAACGCUAAAGACCCCGAAUUUGUUGAUUAUCUCAACCAAGAAAACUCUUAUGCUCAAGCUUUCAUGGCUGACACUCACAACCUGCAGAGGACUUUGUUAGAGGAAAUGAAAAAUCGAUUGCCUACUAAGAUUUCCACUCCUCCUGAGCGCUGGGGUCUCUGGUCGUACUACCAGUACAUUCCUGAGGGGAAGGAAUACCCAGUUCUGUGUAGAACGUUAGAAACGGAGGAAAGUGGUUGGUUAAAGACACUUCUCGAUUAUGCCAAAGGACAUUUUGGGAUGGAGCAAAUUUUGCUUGACUGGAACCAAAUUUCUGAACAAUACGGUUACGUGCAUGUGGGGACAUGUCGGGUUUCACCCGAUCACAACUUUCUUGCAUACACACUUGAUAUUACUGGCAAUGAACAAUUCAUACUUCAGGUUAAGGACCUCAAGGAUGGAUACAUUGUUGCAAGAUCACAAGUUGAUGGGGUUGUUAGUUUGGCAUGGGCUCAAGAUAGCACUACUCUGUUCUACACAGUAUCGGAUGAGAAUCAACGACCUUACAGGGUUGUCUUCACAAAACUAGGAUCAAAUGAGAUACAUGAUGUCCCAGUAUUUACGGAAAGUAAUUCAAGCUUUUGUGUGGAUAUAACAAACACAAAAGAUGGCAAGUUUAUCACUGUGAACUCAAACUCAAGAACUUCAUCCGAGGAAGGAAUUCACUUAGUUCAUUUUGCAUUUCUUUCCCAUGAUAUCUUCAUCUCAGUAUUUGUCAUGUUGAGGCUUACUUCCUAUGCUGUAUAUUUACAGGUUUAUGUGAUAGAUGCAACCAACCCGCUUGAUGGUUUACAAAAAGUACGUGAGCGUGUUUCUGGUGUGCGGUAUUUUUUGGAACAUCACUAUGGCGUGUUCUAUAUUCUUACAAAUGCUCCUUUAAGUGAAAGUGAGGACCAGUCAGACAGAAACUAUUAUUUGGCUCAAUGCCAAGUUGAAGAUAUACAAUCUUCUGAUUGGCAGAAUUUCAUCCUUCCAAGCGAAGAUAUGAGCAUUCAAGAUAUGGACAUUUUUAAUGGACAUUUGGUCCUUUUAGUCGAUAAGAAGGGCUUACCUGCAUUAUGUUCCGUCAAUUUGCCUAUCAAGUUUAACAGCGUGAAUCAGUUGGAGAUUGAGAAUCUCGAUCCAUGGUUUUUCCCCUGCCUUCGAAUCUAUAUGCCUGCUGUGAUCGUCGACUAUAACAUGUCGGAGCGGACAUUUUCAAUUGUGCAACAAGAGAAAGUAGGAGAUAUUUCUGGUGGUUGUGGAUCAUGCUCACUGGCUUACGAGCUAGAUACUCCUGAACAUCUUGACCCACUAAACGACAAAGAAAAAAAUAACCAGAAUAUUGAAUUGCAAAGAUGGAAAGACUUUUCUGGUGCAUACUGCUGCAAAAGAAAGGAAGUCAUUUCCCACGAUGGUGUCAAGGUUCCUCUGACCAUUUUGUACUCCCAAAAAGCCUGGCAGAGGGGUCAGUCUCCUGGAUUACUAGAAGGCUAUGGAGCAUAUGGGGAAAUUCUGGAUAAAAGCUGGUGCUCGGACCGCCUGAGUUUACUUGAUCGUGGUUGGGUGCUGGCCUUUGCUGACGUGAGGGGUGGUGGUGGUCAUUCUCUGUGGCAUAAAUAUGGCAGUGGGUUGAACAAAUGUAAUUCGAUAUAUGACUUCAUAUCAUGUGGCAACUACCUUGUUUCUGAGGGCUAUGUUCAUAGAGAUCGGCUAGGUGCCAUGGGAUUUAGUGCAGGGGGUCUUCUUGUUGGGGCAGCUAUCAAUAUGAGCCCAAAUCUGUUUCGUGCUGCCAUUUUGAAGGUUCCAUUUCUUGAUGUAUGUAACACGUUGCUGGAUCCAAGUUUGCCUCUCACCAUACUGGACUACGAAGAAUUUGGGAAUCCUCAGAUACAGUCACAGUUUGAGUCCAUUCUAUGUUAUUCUCCUUAUGAUAACAUUCCUCAUGAUUCUUGCCUUCCAUCAAUGCUUGUAACAGCAUCAUUUAAUGACUCAAGGGUUGGAGUUUGGGAAGCUGCCAAAUGGGUGGCCAGGAUACGAGAUAUUGCAUGCUCUCAUUGUUCGUGUUCAGUCAUUCUGAAAACAAAUAUGGCUGGAGGGCAUUUUGGUGAAGGCGGUUGCUAUAGUCAGUGUGAAGAAACAGCUUAUGAUUAUGCUUUUCUGAUGAAAACUAUAGGAGAUUUGAAUGACAAUAAAUAA